GUGUCUUCAGUCGACAUGCGGCAAGACGCCGAUGCACUGCUACUCCAUGGCUUCGACACGCGCGGACCUCGUACUCGUAUCGACGUGUUUUGUGUUGCUAUUGUGUGUUGUCCCCGUUAGGCCCUUAGAAAGUCCAAGAUUCAGCCAACCCAUUUCAAACAUGACAGUUGCUAUGGGACGAGAAGCAAUUUUAGAGUGUUUAGUGGAAAAUUUAAAUCCGUACAAAGUUGCUUGGCUACGGGUGGAUACGCAAACAAUCCUAACAAUACACAAUCAUGUUAUCACAAAAAAUCAUCGAAUCGGGGUAACUCACAGCGAACAAAAAACAUGGUAUUUACAUAUAAGGGAAGUCAGAGAAAGUGACAAGGGUUGGUAUAUGUGUCAAAUAAAUACUGAUCCUAUGAAGAGUCAAGUGGGAUAUCUAAAUGUCGUAGUCCCGCCUGACAUCCUCGACUAUCCAACAAGUGCCGAUAUGGUGGUGGAUGAAGGUUCGGAUGUCAGUUUACGGUGUGUGGCGAAGGGAUCCCCCGAACCCCUAAUCACAUGGAAACGAGAGGAUGGACAUCAAAUACAUUUACAGACGGGCUUAGAUGCCGUCUCUGUAAGUGGUCCCAUAUUAAAUUUGACGAAAGUCAAAAGGGAUCAUAUGGGUCCAUAUUUGUGCAUCGCAUCCAAUGGAAUUCCGCCUUCCGUUAGCAAACGUAUUAUGUUAAUUGUACAGUUUCCUCCAUCGGUUUGGAUCCAGUAUCAGUUGAUUGGGGCAUACGACGCUCAACAAAUCACUCUGGAAUGUCACUCCGAAGCAUUUCCCAAAUCUAUCAACUACUGGACCAGAGACAAAGGAGAGAUAAUCCCACACAAUUAUAAAUACGUACCUGAAAUCAUAGAAGAAGGAUACAAAGUUCACAUGAAGCUUACAAUUAAUCUACUGGGACCACAAGACUACGGCAUUUACAGAUGUAUAUCAAAAAAUUCGUUAGGAGAUAUGGAAGGAACAAUAAAUGUCUAUCGAAUACCCAAUCCCAACAAAAUACCAGCCCGAGAAAAAAGUACAGCAAAAAUGAACGACGUAACAUAUCGAACUCAAGGCAGAGAGAAAGACCGCGCUGACUUGCUGUUCCUCGAGAAUGAAUAUUACAGUUCUGCUCAUCGUGUCUCCGUAUCAAGACUGCUUAUAGUGCUAUGGUUAUGUGUGCUUUCAAACUGCAUAUUCGUUUAAUAAUGUGCAUACCCACAACAAACUUUUAGACCACCCAUUCUAAAAGUCAUCGUUAGAGCGUAAGGUGUAAUAUAUAAAACAUUUCCGACAGUACAUUCCUCUAACUUUAAUAUGUCAUAAACUAGUUCUAGGGCUAUUUUUAUACGCUUACUAUAGUGGAUACUUAAGUUGUGGUAAUAAAUAUGUAUAAAAAAUUA